AUGGCGCCUGGCAACCGGUCCUCCGGCAAGACAAGUAACCUCUUUGCUCCUGAUGGUAAUCUGUUUGCUCGCCAUACAGGUAAUAUCAAGGCUAAGGCUGGGGAAAGUGCCCAAAAUGCGAUCGGGAUGGGACAGAACGCGAUCCUCUUGGCGAAGGUUGUAAAGACUCUGGUUGAUGGAAAAAAUACCCCUGAGAUGCGCCUAAAGGCCCGCUCUAUCCUUAUGACCAUGGGAGGCGUCGAUGGUAUUAUCAACAGCGUCGACAUAAUCAAGACCGAGCAGACACACGAGCCGGAGCCAGAGCAGAUUGGAAGGGCCGUUUGGGAGGCUCCUCAUGUUGGAAAGCUUGUUUUCGUCACUAUGUCCCGUAUCAACUCCUAUGCGAACGUUCUCCGAGAGUUCGUCUACGAUCCGGAGGUUCAGCUGAUCAACCAGUCCCCCGGCGAGAUCCCAUGUUUUUACUGCGUCUGCAACAUCCACCGCGAUCUCUCUCUCCGAUGCUGCGCCGGCCCCUCGCCGGAGUGUUGUGUUUUCUGUGCUGACGACCGAAAGAAGUGCGGCUCUCGGGCCUGUGCUGCGAUCGAGUCUUGCGGCGCGGCUUGGCGAGUAGUCGCCGACCGUACGCACAACCCUGCCUCUGGUGGUGGCAGCACUCUGGCUGCUACAAUUCAGUCCCAAGACAUUGCGUCCCUUCGGGACCUUCAGGCACUCCAGUGCCUUAUUUCCGGUGGUGUCGAACUUACUCCUGAGGAAGUGUCCGCUCGGGUUGCCUCUGCGAUGCCCCUCUACGCCCGCAAUGUCUCUGCCGCAACCCGCCUUCGUUCGGCGAUCCUUCGCCUAGAUACCUGCGAGGAUGUCCCUGUUGAGGGCGAGGGGACCUGCGAUGAACUCCCGUCUGCAUUCGAAGCCAAGCCGGCUCUUCGUGCUCUGCUCGACGAGCAUUCGGAUAACCCCGUUCCUGACGUUCCAGUCGCUUUUGUCUGGCGUUGCUCCUGUCAGUCGUCCCGGCCAGUCUACUCCUGCCCGUCGCCGAGGCGCCGCCGAGCCUCCCCGCACCCCUGA